AUGAAAAAAUUGAUAGUAAUUAUAAAUUUAAUAUUAAAUUAUUAUUUAAUAUUAAUUGAAAGCAAGUCAAAUUAUGCAAUCGAAAAUUCUAUCACCGCCAAAAUAACUAUAACAGGAAACAUAAAUGGAAAUUUUUACAUUUAUGACGAUUUAUUCGAUAGUGGUACUCAACUGAAAGGCUACUAUAAGAAUGGAUUAAUUCCAAGGCGAGAAUUAAAAUAUGACGAAUUGUUUAGAUUUUUUGUAAUUUUAGACUAUAGUUGUGAUAACAUAACAGUUGAUGUAUUAUUUAAUGGUGACUUCACUUUGAACACUGAUGAAUUUGUUUAUGUUGACGUUACUAGAAGUUUCAUACCAUAUAAAUUUAGAAAUAAAAUAUUUAACCCUAGGCGAGGUAGUAGCAAAGUAUUCAGGACUUAUGGAAAUGGUUGGUAUUUUGGUAAAGAUAUACCUCAUACUAUUGUAGUAUUUGAAAGAAUUACUAAUAUUAAGGAUAAAUUUAGAAACACAGCGUGCGGAGAUAUAGUACCAAUUGAUCAUAAAAAUGAUAAAGAUGUGAUAUUAAUCAAUCAAAAAGAAGCUAAUUCAUUAAAGAUAACAAUUCAAAAUUCAAAGUUCAAUGAUGAACUUGAUGAUGGCGAGGCUGAUAAAAUUGCCUUGGAAAAUAAAGACAUUAUCAAUAAUAUCACUGAUAACAAUCCUGACAACAAUACUGAUGAUGACACUGACAUUAAUAUUAAUAAUGAUAUCAACACUGAUAUUAAUGAUACAGUCAUCAUCAACAAUGAUAUUAAUGAUACGGAUAAUAAUAAUUCAGAUGCUAAUGAUUCAGAUAUAAAGAUAUAA